AUGGCGCCCUCAGUGGACGAUACCGUCCCGACCAAAAGCAAAGGCUUGGAGGCGUUGUCGCAGGGAAUCACUCUACCGGGGAUUCCAAAGUUUAGCAGUUUUGAUAAGCACCGGGCCUACAUGCUUAACCACAUGGCUGGCGCCUUCCGGGUCUUUGCCAGACAUGGUUUUGUGGAGGGCAUGGCAGGCCACAUAUCGCUGCGGGACCCCGAAUUCCCAGAUCGAUUCUGGACAAACCCUCUUGGCCUACAUUUCGGACUGAUAACCCCGUCCGACCUGAUCCUAGUCGACGAAUCAGGAACCGCCGUGGGAGGCAACACGUCCAGGCCAGCAAAUGCAGCAGGAUUCCUGAUCCACAGUGCAAUUCACAAGAAAAGACCAGACGUGAACGCAGCCUGCCAUUUCCAUUCGACUUACGGCAAAGCCUGGUCGGCUUUUGCCCAGCCUCUUGAGAUGCUGAAUCAAGACGUUGCUAUUUUCUACGGCAAUGCACAGAGUGUGUAUGAGGAUUUUGGCGGUGUUGUCUUAAAGGAGGAGGAGUCGAACGAGCUGGCGAAGAGUCUCGGGAAUGGUAAGGGAAUGAUCUUGAGAAAUCAUGGCCUUUUGACAGUGGGAGGGACUUUAGAUGAAGCGGCGUAUCUUUUCCUUUUGAUGGAGAAGAGUUGCCAGGUGCAACUUGCUGCAGAUGCUGCAGUUGCAGCAGGUCGCAAGAAGGUGUAUAUUGAUGAUGAAGCUGCGCGCUUUACCUUUGAAAAUACAAGUGAUCCAGAAAGUCUUUUCGCUGAAUUCCAGGUGUACCUGCAAUAUGAAUCUGCUGUAUCACAUGAUGGAUACAAAGCCUUGUGA